AUGAUAGAGGUGCUGACAACAACUGACUCUCAGAAACUGCUAUACCAGCUGAAUGCCCUGUUGGAACAGGAGCUGAGAUGUCAGCCAAAGGUCUGCGGCUUGAGACUAAUUGAAUCUACACAUGAUAAUGGCCUCAGAAUGACUGCAAAGCUAAGGGACUUUGAAGUAAAAGAUCUUAGUUUAACUCAGUUCUUUGGCUUCGACACGGAGACAUUUUCUCUUGCUGUGAAUUUACUGGACAGACUCCUGUCCAAAAUGAAGGUACAGCCCAAAUACCUAGAGUGUGUUGGGCUGAGCUGCUUCUAUUUGGCUGUUAAAUCAAUAGAAGAGGAACGGAAUGUCCAAUUGACAACUGACUUGAUCCAAAUAAACCAAUAUAGAGUCAAGGUUUCAGACUUGAUGAGAAUGGAAAAGAUUGUAUUGGAGAAGAUGUGUUGGGAAGUCAAAGCUACUACUGCCUUUCAAUUUCUGCAACUCUACUAUUCACUCAUUCAAGAAAACUUACCAAUUAAAAGGAGGAAUAGCCUUAAUUUUGAAAGACUAGAAGCUCAACUUAAGGCAUGCCACUGCAGGAUCAUAUUUUCUAAAGCAAAGCCUUCUGUGUUGGCAUUAUCUAUCAUUGCACUGGAGAUCCAAACACAGAAGUGUGUAGAGUUAACAGAAGGAAUAGAAUGUCUUCAGACACAUUCCAAGAUAAAUGGCAGAGAUUUGACCUUCUGGCAAGAACUUCUAUCCAAGUGUUUAACUGAAUAUUCAUCAAACAAGUGUUCCAAACUAAAUGUUCAGAAGUUGAAAAGGAUUGUUUCUGGACAUACUGCAUGGCAAUUGAAGCAUGGUUACUACAGAAUAACCCACCUUCCAACAGUUCCUGAAAUGGUUCCUUAA